GGAAAGAUAGAUUCUUCCGUAGCCCGAUUCGGUUUCAAUUUCAAAGCCACUCUCCGUAGAAAAACAAUCGAAACCAGAAAAAGCUCCAAACAUGAGGAGUUGCUGCAAAACCCUAAUCCAGAGUUCCAUCCCUUCCCUCCACAACUCGAAACCCUACUACCUCUCCAAUUCCAGCCAUGUCUUCCCUUUCCUCCCCCGCGCUCUCCCUAGCUUCUCCUUCAAUUCCUCGACUCCCAGAGCCAAACUUCCCCACACCUUCCAUAUCCACUCUACCCCUUCUAAUUUCAGUUCUUCGGCAGCACUAGGAGUAGCAAUCUCUUCGGAAUCGGCCGAAGAUGAACCCCAAGACGACCCGAAGAGGGACACCGUGGAGCACUUGCUCACCAACCCGGACGACAUUUCCAGGCUGAUGAAGAUGGAGAGGCGGCAGCAGGGCGGCUGUGAGAAGCGAUGGUUCCCUUACUUGGAUGCGUUCAAAUGUGGGAAUGGCGCGAGCUUGAGUAGCGGCCAAGUGUUGGAAGCAAUGGCGCCGUAUAUGAUGGAAGAGAGGAAAGAGAGGUUCAGGACCGCCGUGAAGAACCGGAGUUACUCCGUUUGUCUGGUGGUCGAAGGGUUGAACGAUUUCGGGAACGUUUCUGCUACGUUUCGUUCUGCCGAUGCGCUUGGGUUUCAGUCUGUUCAUGUCAUCAACCCGGAUAGCUCGAAAAGGUAUAGAGAUAACCGACAUGUUAGCAUGGGAGCUGAGAAAUGGUUGGACAUUGAACUGUGGGACUCUACUGCAGAGUGCUUCCAAGUUCUCAAGUCUCGUGGUUAUCGAAUUGCUACAACGCAUGUUGGAACCGAUGCGGUAUCGAUUUAUGACAUGGAUUGGUCAUGCCCUACUGCAAUUGUUGUUGGCAACGAACAUAGGGGGAUAAGUGAUGAGGCACUCGGACUUUCAGAUCUGCAUUGCAGUAUUCCAAUGAAUGGCAUGGUCGACUCUUUCAAUGUAUCAGUUGCUGCUGGCAUUCUCAUGCACCAUGCUGUUUGUGACAGAACUUCCCGUCUGGGGCGACAUGGAGAUUUAACAGCAGAAGAAAGCAAGAUACUGCUGGCUGAGUUCUCACUGCGUCAUAGCAAGAGUGCGAUAAGCAUCGCACAUGAAUAUGCAAAGAGGAGUAAGGCUUCCACGCCUGUGCCAAAGCUGUGA